AUGGUGAUAAAGAGAAUAGAGCUUUGCAUAGAGAUGGUGAAGAUAGCGACGGAGUUAGUGGUUGUGGUGGCUGAUGCCGUGAGAGUCUUCUUGAUAAACACUUCUCCGCCGCCUCCUGCUCUCCUCCGCCAUGGCCCCUACUAUUACUCCGCCUCCUCCUCUCAACAUUCCGCUUACAUCAUCGGCUAUGUCUGA